ACUUGUUCAGUCCGGGACGCGUGUGCGCCGAGUGAUGUGGUGGUAGUGGAGGUGGUGGUGGCGUGCGCCCACCCCACCCCACCACUCCACCGGGCCAAAGGGGGAGGGAAGACCAGCAAACCGAGACGAGGAGGCGGCCCGGGCUGAUUGUGAGGGCAGGAAGGGUAGUAGGCUGGGGGUGGGCUGAGCGCGGGAGGCGCCCGGCGACCCCGCCCCACCCCUCCAUACACGAGAGGGAGGGCUGGUCCCGCGCAGGCCCGCGCGCGGUGGCGUGGUGCGGCCCGCCCGCCCGCCGCCCGUGCGCCUGCCUGCGGGGUCCCGCGCGGCCACCGCGACUCGUCUUAUUUACUGCUUGGGCCCGCAGCAGUGAGGACGCCCGAGCUAGACAGUUGACCACCCGAACGGUUUGCUGUGGCGGCUGUGGCCACGAACUUCAGGGUGUGAAGCGCCGACCAAACAUAAAAUACCCGGAUUUCCGCUAGCGAUGCUAAUGUUAAUGCGGGGCCCCGGACGCUGGUGCGGCCUGCCUGGCCUGCCGCCUCUGGCCUGCCCGGCCCUGGUUCAGCCUCUGCAAGCUCUCAUAGCGCCCUGCCCUGUCUCCACCACCGCAGCCAUGGAGAAGAACGGCGUGAACGGGCACGACGCCAAGGCUGCCGCCGCGGCCCUCGGCUCGCCCAGCCACGGGGUCCAGUCCGGGCCCGAGGGCGGCAGGAUGCUGUUCCAGUACCUGGGCGCCGGCGCAGCCUGCCUCUUCGCCGUCUGCAUGGGCACCACCAUGGGGUGGACCUCCGCGGCGGAACGACUCCAGUAUAGCAACAUUACCGGCUCCGACUGGGAGCUCGGCUCGACCGAGUACUCGCUGGUCGGGGCCUUCAUGCCGCUGGGCGCCCUGCUGGCCGCGCUACCCACCGGCCCGGCCAUGGCCAAGUGGGGCCGCAGGAACAUGAUGCUGGCCCUCAGCCCCAUCCUCUUCUGCGCCUGGCUGCUCAUCAUCUUCGCGCAGAACGCCUGGAUGAUCAUCUUGGCCCGCCUCAUCAUCGGCGCGGCCAUCGGCUCCAUCUCGAUGAUCGCUCCGCUGUACUCCAACGAGAUCGCCCACAAGUCGGUGCGCGGCACGCUGGGCGGGUUCUUCCAGUUCCUGCACACGUGCGGCGUGCUCUUCGCCUAUGUUCUCGGCUGGGCGAUCACAGGUCCGAUGACUUGGAUCAGCGUCAUCUGCGCCUGCGUGCCAGUCGUCGCCGCGUUAGCCUUCUUCUUCUUCCCCGACACGCCGACCUGGUACCUGCAGCAGGGCAGGCCGGAGGAUGCCCGGCGGUCCCUCAUCAUGUUCCGCGGCGAGGACUACCCCGAGCACCUGCUCCAGGCCGAGCUGGACGACAUCAGCAACGAGCUCAAGGCGGCUGCUGAGAACAAGAAGACCCUCAAGGAGGCGUUCACGACGAAAGAGGCCAAGCUGGGUCUCGCCCUCAGCAUGAACCUCAUGAUUGUCCAGCAGCUGAGUGGCGUUAGCGCAGUUGUCUUCUACGCCGCCAAAAUUUUCGAAAAGGCUGGCUCCACGCUGUCCAAGGAGGUCGCCGCCAUCGUGAUGGGCGCUUGCCUGGCUGGCGCCACCCUGGUGUCCCUGUUCCUGGUUGACAGAUUUGGACGCCGGCUUCUUCUCCUGGUGUCCGGCGCAGCGUGCGUCAUAUCCAACGUCAUCCUCGGCAUUUACUUGCUUAUCUUGCUGGCUGAUCAGAAGCAGGCAAGCAGCUGGAGCAGUAAAGACAAACUCUCUGCUCCUGUUAUAUAUGAUGAAGUAGGCAAGCAAUACAUUGCGGUCUUUAACCAGAGCAUUGUUCGGACAUGGGAUAGUACAGAGGUUGAUUUAAAUAAAUUAAAGAAACUAAAGUUUGACCAUCCUAUUCAUUCUAUUUUAAACCGUUCAUCCAAAUCAGAGCCAGUGGUUGUAUUUAAAAAUGGAGCUGCAAUAUCUCUUUCUGCAGCUUUGUCUGACCGAAGAAAAUUGUGGCCUGGGCCUCUUUCCUCUCAUGUGACAAUUAAGGACUGUUUUUUCAUGAAAUUGGAUGGUACAGAUUGCAUAACUUUCGUAGUGGCUCAAGAAAAGGGAGGUGUUAAGCUGUAUAUUUCAGAAGUUGACAGCACAAGUGCCCCGUUGCUGAGUGUGCCAUUGGAACGGGCAGACAAGAAACUCCUUGGUCACACGGUUAUGGUUGUUGAAGGAUCUGUUUCUAUUCUUACCUUAUGGAAUGACGGACAGCUGUAUUCACUUUCCCUGAAGAAAUUUCCUUCCGAACAAAGUGGAGUUGGAUGUGCAAUAUACACUGUGAAAGCAGUCAGCUUAAAGAAUGUUGUAGCUAUGACCCAGAUAUCUACUCAUCAUCUUGCAAUAUAUGGAGCCGACCCAAGUGAAGAAGGUGCUAUGCUUGUAAUAGUAAAUACACAAUUCAUGCUCGUUCAAGCUCAUCAACAUUAUAAGUUAUUCUCAAAUAAUACUAAUCUUUGGAUUAUUGGAACAAGCUUAUUGCUGGUUGUUGGAAACAGUUUGGCUGUGGUUCCUUUCAUACUGGACACAGAACGGCUAUGUGCCCUAAUAGGCUCUCAUAAGCCUUUAAAAUCCAAGUCAAAUGAAGUUGAACAAAUAUUAGAAAUGGAAAAUGUUUCAUGGGAAGAUGCAGAUAACAUAAAAUCCUCAAUUGAAACAAAUGCAGUGAAUAGAAAAGACUGGGUUGGUUUGAAGAGUGUGGAAAAUCUUGUAGCUCAAGGUUAUUCUCAAGCUAUGUUGUGUGAAGAAUUGAUUCCAUUUCUCAUUGAGAAAGUAAAAAUUCAUGAUAUCAUUCAACUUUUGAAAAAGUUGCCAGAUUUUCCUGAGGAGUCGCUUGUUCGCAUUCUAAUCUUCUGUCUGGACAGCCCUGCUAGUGCCUUUAAGUCUAUGAAAAAUCAAAUGGAAAAUGGAGUGGACUCUGAAUUGAUGGAGGUUGAUGGAGAGGAUGACAGUAGAGACAGCCAAAAUGCUUUAGUUGAACUGUCUCAAGGUCAAAGAAUUUUGUUGGACGUCAUAAUAAGAACACCAUUCAGUGAAGCUAUUAUUUUACCAUAUCUUCGUUCACGGUUAAAUCUUCCACACUGCUUGGCCUUAUUACAAUACAUUGCCCAAAGUUUACCACAGACAGCAAAUGUUUCAUACUCUAAGUCACUAUUGAAAUGGUCUGCAGUUCUAUUGGACAGCCACUAUCAACAGUUGCUGCUUUCCAAAGAUGAAUGUGUAUCCAGCACAAUUUUUGCCAUCAAAGAAUUGGUGGAGAGUCAGGUUGAGUACAUGGAAGACUUAAAGGUUUUACAACCCAUUUUAGAGAGAGUAAAAUGUGGACAACUUUUCCAGAAGCAAAACACACUAACUAAUAACUUUUACUCUAUUGAGACGUUGCGAUUAUAUUAAUAUCCAGAUUCAUUAUUCAAUAAAGUAUUGACAAGAUGAUUGUUAUUAAAAUGAACUUGGUGUACUUAUGCAGACUUAUUAUAGGGAUAAUAGCAGAUAAAGCAAUUAAAUAAAAUUGGAAUA